AUGGCUCUGGAGGUCACUUCGAUGACGAUACAGACUCCUGGCGCCAACAUCGCUGUCACAACUCCCUUGUCACCACACAAGGUUUCCAUGAAGCCACUGGCGAUACCGCCCAUGUUGGACUCAACUCAAUUUCAUGGCCUCCUCGACCCAAGAUUCAUAUCCACCGACUUCGAUAAACUGCGUUUCGAGGCCGCCGCACAUGAGCAACUCACACUUCGCAACGAGCAGUCCAACAAGACCGCCUUACGAGCUGAACAGCCAUCCUCCACUCUCCUGAUCUCCUCCCCAUACAACAUCCCAGGCCAUUACCUCGAUCUUUCCUCUCCGCACCUGACCGCCUCUUCCAGGCUGCUCGCACUAGCUCUUACAGUCCUGAAACCAGCGACCCCCACAUACGCAACUGCGUCCUACACCCAGGCCCUGAACUUCGACUCCGUCCUGACCGCUCUGCGCGAACUGAUCGCAAGGGAAAACUUCACCUGGAGAGAAACCAGUUUCUACGUUGUGGUCUUCCGCUCGCAGCUCAAGGAAGGAAUCGACGAGGAGUAUCUGUAUCGACUCGACGAAGAAUCUCAUCGGGAGGCGUGUGAGAGUGGGGGGCUGUUGAAGUAUUGGUUCGGGAAGGCAGAUGGGGAGAGGAGAAAUCUUGCUACUUGCUUCUGGCACAGCAGGGAAGAUGCGUACAAAGGAGGGCUGGGGCCGUGGCAUAGAAAGGCGAGGGCUGCUGGACGCGAGCUGUAUGAGAGUAUCGUGUUUAGUACGUACAGGUUCACAGUGGCGGAUGGAGCGGAGGAGUACAAGUUUGAGGAGUGGGUCAAGUGA